UGCCUCGUCUGCGGCGGCACCGACUCAAUUCAGUUCCUUCCCAAUCGUCGCAGGCCGUUUCACGUCUCCUUGCUCGUCUACAAGGCCCACAACGUGCUCGUCCUGCGGGACAAUUCGUCAUCGCGAAAGUGACACAUGUCUACGAGUAGUACUUUCGACGGCGUUUUGAAUCUCGUGUAGUGGUACUGUUUGUACGUGACGUCAUGCUGCUACAAACGGAGCGCCAGAGCGCCACUGCUGCGAGUAGACCUCAUAGCCACAGCCUUCAACACCAGGCUCAUCCCCGACUCAUGGACUCGCCUACACUCGCCAGAGUCGAGCGUGCGAUGCUGAGACACGGAGAAGGGGAUAAUAGGGAAGGACAGGACGUGAUCAGGGCUCGAUAUACCCAGUCCCUUUUGUCGACCAGUAAUUACGGCAAAGAGUCGACGCACGCCAUUAAGAAGGGCCUCCUAUGGCAACAGAGAGACAAGCUAUUCAGCAGAUGGAAAGAGAGAUAUUUCAUUUUGACGCGAGAUUAUCUCCAUUGUUUCAGGAGGGCCUCCGGAGCCGAUAGGAUUUCCGAGAUGGGACAGUUUUUGUUCAAAGUGAAACUAGUCGAUGUCGAUAGAGUAGAAUGGGAGAAUAAGAAAACGUACAGUACUGUUGCGUUAGUGAUAGGAAGGGAUGGGAAGAUUUACCUUAGGUCUGCUGACGGACUAGAAGAUUGGUUCGAACUGUUGGAAGAAUGCAUGUUGACCAGCAAGGAACGGAGAAGAGCCCUGAGGCACUCCCAUGAUGGCAAACCAAAAGACAAUAACAAUAUCACGACAUCAUUGGAUGAAUGGCUGGCUGCUCGUCAGAAAUUUCCGAUGGGACGACUGCUGACUGAGAGUGUACCUGCUUCUAAUCAAGAAGUGACUCUCAGACGGAAAGAUUGGUCAUCCAGAGAAAACGAUUGGGACCAUUCCACUUUGGACAAUCGCCUUUCACGAAUUCUGAAAGCGGCCCGAAGCAGUAACCGUGGUAAAAAGAGAAAAUGGUAUAAAUUUGGAAGCAAGACGAAUAUACUCACCGACAUCGACAUCAACACAUACGACGACAGCACAAUAGGAGCUCCAUCUGUGACUUCUUACAGAAUGAAUCGCGACGUCAUUUGUAUUCAGCCCCCCUCACUGAGGGCUGCCGGAUCCUUUCGUUCCAGGGACACUAGUCAACCACCGAAGAGAUCUAAUAAUAUACCGGACGCUCAGUGUCAGUAUAUAAAAUUCAGAGAGCGCUCUUACAGUGACAUCCAACGUAUUGAAAGAAAACCCUGGAGAGAAAUGGGACUAACCAACGCUAAAUAGAGCAAAGAAAACUGUGUUCAAUGUGACUUGCUAGUCUAAUUAGUAAACUGUUAUUUUAAGGAUGCAUUAUAUUGCUCCUUAUUUUGUAGGCUGUUAAUAUUAAUUAGAUUAAUUAUCUUUAUUUUUAAACAUUUUUUUUUAUUUUGUCUACUAACGGAAUUUUUUAAACUGGUAUAAAAUUGUAUUUCUUCAAAUAUGUAAUUAAUUAGAAUGUGGUAACUUCCUGUCGAAGUCAGUAACUCUUAACUGUUUUUAUCAAUGUACCCAAACUCUAUUCCAAAGAUACGUAUGUAAUGUAUACUAACUUUUACUAGUUAAUGUGUAAUAGUAGUCUACUUAUAAAAAAAUACACUAGUCAGUAAAAAAUAUAACAAAUGGAUUUUCAAGACUUGAUACUUUUAAGGGCAGAUUUGUUCUGUUUUGCAUUGACGUGAAACAAAUUGAACCGAGACUUUUUAAACGUAAGUUUAUAUUUUUAAUAUUUUUUUUUAAUGUAAAAUUGCAAUUUACCAAUAAACGAUUUUAUAACCUU